UUUGUUUCACACAGCCGGGCCUUGCCCUGAUGCUUAACAUUUUCUUAAACAGAGAACAUGUAGCCAAACCCGAUGAAAAGUAAUCCGCAGUUUACUAAUACCUUACAUAUUAACGGUUUUUUUCUCCAGUAGAAAAUAGUACGCUCGUAUUUGAAUUAAGGUCAACCCUUGAAUUCGUAGUUCAUGUAUUACAAUUAGAAACAAACUUUCCUUGAAACAAAACGUGACAUUUUAAAAUGGUUUCGCCUGCUGUUUUUGCAAUCAAGUUACCAGGAGCCUUAGUGGGGAGUAACGAGCAGUGAAGAUCACUAAGCUAUAAAAGUUGGUAUUGUGUCGAAAAGGGGAGCUCCUUGAGAGCGUACACCUCGCCGAAUUAAAGACUGUUAUGGAGCAGCCACCUGGGAGCAGAGAUGAUCUACAGCCUCAAGACCUCUCCACAUCCAGCGUCCCCACUGUGAUUGACCUAACCAGGACGGGUGAGGAAUGCAUCCUCAACCCCACAUCUUUAGAUGCUCUGCGGAUGGUCAGGAGUCCCAGCUGGUAUCCAAACUCUGGGACCAGCAAUCCAGGUUUACCUUUCUCAGAGACCAACUCCUCUGACAUGACACUUCAAUCAGGGGAUCAAAUUCAACCAGAUAAUGCCUUCUCCCACACUACAGUCACCCUUUCCUAUGUGAGCAGGUCUCACGUAUUCCCCACUCACGACUCAGCGUCUCGACUUUCGUCUCUCUACAAUAUGCCUCCUAUUGGCAAGUUUGCCCUCCACCCUCCUUGUGACUCAGAUAAAGGGCUUGGGGAGACUGGCUAUACACUGAACCAGCAUUAUUUGGAGCAGGUUGAGGGCCCUGUGAACCUUGCCACUCAGGCAGAUCUUUUGCAGUCAUUGUCUCACACUCCAGUGCGACCGGAUCACACUGGGGCGGUAUGUCUCAUGCAAGAGCAUCACGAGGUUAAUGGAGAAGUCAUUUCCAGUGAUGGGGACAUGGAUACACAUGUACAAGGCAAAGAGGAGCAGGAAUACAGUCUUUCUCGGGUCAAUAGUAGCAGUAUGGAGAACGGUCAAGGUGAUAGCUUGUCGAGUUCAGGAGUAUGUGCAGAAUCCUCACCAGAGACUCUCACCCAUGUCACAGGGGAGGAUGAGGAGAGGGGGGGCUGUGAGGUGCUCUUUGUCCUAUCUAAGAAACAAGACUCAGUGGUGAUCCCGGACAAUGUGGGAGCUAGAGAUCUGUAUUCAGUGAGCAGGGAGUAUAGAAGCCCUCUAGAGGACCCUGUCUCCCCAUCCGCUGCCUCAUUGAACGAUGUAGAGGAUGUGUUCAUUUUGCCACAGGCCUCCAGCUCACCCAGUGGCAACAACUCUUUCUUAGAGACGACUGAGGAUGUUGUGUGGGGUGGCUUGAGUACAGAGGAGGACAUUCAGCCAGGCUUUGGCAUCAGUGAUAGUGCCAGAGGGUUGGAUUCAAGCAAUGAAAAUAAGCAGCCAGUCCACAGAUGGAAGGCAGUGAUAGAGCCUUUGAUUGACUUGACAGAUGUUUGUGUCUCAGAUGUUUCAGAAAUCAAACCUAAGACUGUCACUCCCCACAUGAACGGGAGUACAAAGGCACUACAGAGAACUUUAAAAGAAAAAAAACUGCCAAUGCUUUCUGGUAUGGGGACACGGUUAGAGACUGUAGUCAUGGACAUCAAUUCAAGCAGGUAUAAAGUGUCAGGAUGCAUACGUGCUAAUCAGAAAAUCAGUACUUCCCAGUCCACAGCUAGUGAUUUUAAGUUAGCAGGUCCUAAGAGGAAUGACACUUUGUCAGUUGUGAAAAGCAAAGGUAAAGUGAAAGCUUCAUCCUCAGUGCAAACAGCCAAACAAAAAGCAUUAACUCAAAUAAGAAAGGGUAAAGCUAGUAAUCUUAACAUUGAUAUUUGUAAAGAGUCUACCUCUGAUUCUGAAAUCCUUAGUAAUUCUGAAAAGUCGCAUAACAGCACACUUCCAAAAAGUCCUCAGUUAGCUGUGCCCAAGAGUUCAAAGAAAAAGCCACAAGAUCUUUCACCACACACCAGCCCCACAAAGUCGAAGAGGAUAUCCUCAUUAAUAUCGAGUCCUCUUUCUGUGCGCAAGAACUUGAAGAAGGAGCCAGAGCUUUUGUCUCACCCCGAUCUUUCUGUGGAAAUUCAUGUGGCAAAAAUUUCGUCACCACCAUCAAAAUCUCCAAAGAAAAGUCCAGGAAAAGCAAAAUGCAUCAAAACACAUCCCACUGCCAAGAAGGCAGCAGCCUGCACUCGCAAGAGGAGACAAAAGAAACGCAAAUGCAGCCAGUUGUCCUCCAUGUUUUCCCCCAAAGAGCCAGAGAUCAAACUGAAAUACGUCAACUAUAAGGAGGAGAAAAGGGACUUGAGGUUGGACAGUUUUUCUCCAUUCAUCCAUGUGGAGCAUCAGAAGUCAUUUCCAUCACGGUGUACUGUAGUCAACUACCCUGAAGAGGUAAGGACACAACACAAGAAGGGUCAGCAGCUGCAGGCUCACCCCAGUGGCUUUAUUUCUGCAAUUGUACCCAACACGUCUUGUCUCCAGCUGGGCCGAGCAUCCAUGCACAGCCAGCACCAACUCUUUCUUGUCUGCUGCCUCUGUGGGCAGGGGGCCAAUGCCAUGGAUUUGGGGGAUCUCCAUGGCCCCUACUACCCUGAGGGGUACCAGCCAAGCACCAAAACACCAGCCAGCAUAUCCGGCCUCAAGGAGGAUGAGGAGGACUACAGCGACUCUGACUCGUCGUCCUACAGUAUUAGAGGCAGGGGGAGAAAGUGUGCCAUUCCACUCACACAGUGGCCUCCCAGGCCAAGAGCUCAGCUCAAGCAGAAGGGCUUCAUCAAGAGCCACCUGUGGAGCAGUGACAGUAUGGGCAGCCCUGCAGCUAAGCGGGCUCGGUUAAACACCAGCUUUACAGAUGUGGCGGACUGGUACAGCCCCCCCAGGCUGCCUCUGGAUCCCUGUGAGUACUGGCUCCAUGAAGACUGCGGCAUCUGGUCUGCAGGAGUUUUCCUGGUGAAGGGCAAAGUCUACGGACUGGAGGAGGCUGUCAAGGUGGCCCAGGAGACGAUGUGUUCAGCAUGCCAUGAUCCAGGCGCUACACUGGGCUGCUUCUUCAAAAGCUGUCCCAACAAGUACCACUACAGGUGUGCUUUGGAGUCAGCAGACUGUGUCCUCAUUGAAGAAAACUUCUCCAUGAAGUGUAAAAAGCACAAGAACAAGACAUUCAAAGCCCCUCCUGGUAACAGAUGGGAUGACAGGUGACAAAGUUGGCAGAAACCUCAUGAGACUUUCACCCGCAACAUCCUGCAGGGUCUCUCCUUCUCCUUUUGCUGGUAACCAUGGCUACAGUGGACCAAGGUUUUUCUGACUGACAGCUAGCACCCAUAAACCUUAACUUUCACUCUCUGCACUGUUGACCCUUCCCCCAAGCACUGUGACUGGAGGAGUGCAGUCAGUCCAGUGUGAUGGUACUCAGACCCUGCUCUCACGUCAAGUAACAUGCUGAAUUUGCCAUUUGUCUAGUUAUUUAUAUGGAUUUUUGUUUCUGGAGUAAAUAUGAAUAACAAUCAAAUAUAUUUAAUUUUAUAAAGAAUUUGUCAUUAUUGAUUAUAUUUGGUUUAUUUAUUCCUGGAGUUUUCUUUUUGGCUUUUGACAUAGUUUUCAGAGAGGUUUGAUUGUGUGUUUAAGUUAUUGAUAAAGCAGUUUAAUGUCUAAACACCAAGCCAGUGGAGGAGCUGGUGUUAAUAAUGGGACAGAAAAAGGGCUGGAAGGUUAGGAAAUGAACUUACUGAACAAGGUACCUGAGUGGACGCUGCAUAGUAAACAUAACAUGGAUCACACAUGGCUUUACAUUUUGUUUCACACACACCCAUGCAAAAGUUUCUAAUUCAACCACAUGGCAAUUGUAUAACAAUUGAUUUUACUGAAGAACUGAACAGUGUGUGUUUGAGUGUAUUUCCCUCCCUGUGAGGGGUUUUUGCAGGAAGAACUUUGGAGUGGCACUGAACAUGUCUCGUCGUCUGCUCUCCUCAGUUUCACAGUUCACCCUGGGAACUUGCUAAGAGCUACAUGUGACGAUCAGGAUGAGGCCAUGUGAUUUUAUUUGGCUUAAUGCACUUUGGACUGCCAGAAUUCAAAUGUGCCCAUGUUGUGUUCGUCCGCACAGUCUUCUGCAUCUUAAUGGAAUCUCAGUAUGGUUAGCUGUGUGCCCUGUUAAGGGAUGAUGAGUUCAAGCAGGUUUAGUUGUCUCAUUUCAGUGUAACUCAUCAUCUGUUUACUUAGAUUUCUUCUCUGCUAGAGUUUCAUCAUCUCAACUUGCCUGUUUUGCACUUACAGAACCACUUGGCUUUAAGAAGGUUGUAUGUUUGCAGGACAUGUCUCUGUACUGAUGCUGAGAAUCUUUGGUUUACAUCAGUGUUAAUUUCAGUGGGCCAUGCUAGAAUUAACAUUCUGAUCUGAUCUACUGCAGUUUUAUUUAUUUAUUAAGUAGUGCAUUUCCAACAGAACCUUUCUGAAAAGCCUUAUCUGGAACACAAGAGGUAGUGUUCCUGUUCUCUCUAGUUUCAAAGACAAGUCAGUGAAUGUACAUCAUGUUCCUUUGAACAUCCUGAGGACUGAAGGCAGCUUGCAUGCACUUUUCUGCUGCAGAUGUAGUUGUUGAUACCUGGAGCAUGGCAAGCCAGUUCCAGUGAACCCCCCUGACCACGCAGGUACACACCAACCCCCUGGGACUUGAGAUUAGUUCCCAGUGUAUUAGUACCUGUUGAAUGAGGUGUGUAGGCCUGGUCUGCAGCCUGUCAGCCUGACUAUGUUCUGUGUGAUUGGUCUUGGUGGACUGUAAUGUGGCCAUAGCAGCAUUAGGGGCAGCGUUGGGUUGUCUUGAGACGAGCGUGUGAGAGCCACAGCUGGAUGUGUAUGGAUAUCCACACAGAGGAAGGCUUCAUCUGCUUAUUCUCUCACCAGCAGCAGCAGGACACACCACACACACCCAAAUCUCCUUAUCCUGGAAAGCUUUCAUUUGUGCCAUUGUUGUUUUCUGUAUUUUAUAAUUUCACGCAGUGAAAUGAACAGUUUUUAAAGAGCAGGUAUAUCAGCAUGCCUGACAUUUUCACAGCUGUUUGUUAAAAUUAAAAACAUUGGUUUACAUUCUAACAAAUACAGCUUUUGGUGUAUGUUUUAUUCUUGCAAAAUAUUUGGAUUUUUAAGCAUAUUUUGUCUGCAUGUUGAUCUCAGGGCUGGAACUCAGAAUUCUAAUGAUCCAAGUUGUAUUUUAUGAUUUUGUUUCUCUCUCUCUCUCUCCUUUCUGUUUUCUGUGUUAACCCCACACUGACUGGAGCAAUGACACGUAGCAGGAUGUGUUCAAAUGCAAACCUUUCUGUUUAGGUACACACUACCUGUCACAUUCCAAUUCCACCGGUCUGUCAGUGCUGUGGUGUUUUUAGGUUUACUGCCAACUCAUCACCCUAUUUCAUUGUCUUCAUUAAAUAGCAACUUUUUGUACCAUCUCACUCCUCUUGUAACAUCAGAGGUAAAGUUAUUGUCAAAAAUAAAUAUUUUGUUCAACGUU